UGCUCGCCCAAGCGCGCGGUGAGUUUUCAGACUCGUGAUUUUUCUUCCUCUGCUCUCUUUUCCGUCUUUUUGAAUGUCUUUCCUCAAAAAGAAGCAGAGAAUCAGUCAUGUCAACAGCUCACAAGCCGCCACCCAGACGACGAGCAGUCAGAGCGAGCCGCCCGGACCGCUGGAGCGGUACGUGGAGGGCUCCAUACUCCGCAUCACCAUGAAAAACUUCCUAACCUACAGCUACACUGUGGUGCGUCCUGGACCCAAUCUGAACAUGAUCGUCGGAGCCAAUGGAACUGGCAAGUCCAGCAUUGUGUGUGCCAUCUGUCUGGGUCUGGCUGGGAAAACGGCUCUGCUGGGCAGAGGGGACAAGGUUGGACUCUAUGUCAAAUCCGGAUGUCGUAAAGGCUUCGUAGAGAUCGAACUGUACAAGCAAGGCGGCAAUGUAGUAAUCAGCAGAGAGAUCCAUGUGGAUACCAACCAGUCAGUGUGGAUGCUCCACGGGAAGGUCUGCAGUCAGAAAAUUGUGGAGGAGGAGGUUAAAGCUCUGCACAUUCAAGUCAGCAACCUGUGCCAGUUUCUGCCUCAGGACAAAGUAGGAGAGUUCGCCAAGAUGACCAAACCAGACUUGCUGGAGGCGACGGAGAAGUCGGUGGGACCGCCGGAGAUGUAUGCGUACCACUGCAAGCUUAGAAACUUCCGCACCAAAGAACGAGAACUGGAGAACGAACUGAAAGACAAGACAAACUUCUUGGAGAAAGCCAAGCAGAGGAACGAGAGGAACAAACAUGACGUGAAUCGCUACUACGAGAAGAAGAGGCAUCUGGAUGUGAUCGAACUGCUUGAGAAGAAGAAGCCGUGGGUGGAGUACGAGACCAACCGCAAAGAGCUGGAAGGUGUGAAGAAGGAGCGAGAGGAAGCCAAAAGGCAGCUCUCAGCCCUGCGGCAGGCCCAGGCUCCCAUGCUGAGGAAGAUGCAGCAGAUCGAAGAGCAGCUGAAACCCACCGAGGACCAGAUCAAGACGAAGACUGCUGCAAUCAAGGACGCGACUCUGAAGUGCAAACAGAAGCAGGAUCAGUUGGAUCGAAAAAACAAAGAGAUCGACGAUAUCAAACAAACCCUGAGACUGAAGCAAAUGGAGGCGGACGACCAGCAGAAGCGGAUCAGCAACACCAAGCGCGCCAUCGAAGACCUGAAAGCAGAGCUCGCCAAAGUGGGCGACCAGCCGGACGUGACUCCGCAGAUCAACGCCAUCAACAUGGAUCUGAGGCGGAUCCAGGAGGACAGAGCCAAGAUCGAAGGGGAGAAGACCGACCUGCGCCGGGAGAAGUCCAACCUGUCUGCAGAGACGAGAGUGUUGCAGCGGAAGCUGAACGACAUGAACAACAUGAUGAACGCUAAAGAGGAGAAGCUGAGAGCGCGCCACAAGGACACGCACACCGCCCUCCAGUGGCUCCGGCAGAACAGGAGCCUCUUCCAGGGGAACGUUUACGAGCCCAUGAUGCUGGUGAUUAACGUGAAGGAUCCUCGGUACGCCCAGUACGUGGAGACCCACAUCUCCUUCCACGACCUGCGGGCGUUUGUGUUCCAGAGGAAGGACGACAUGGAGAAGUUCAUGUCGGAGGUCCGGGAUAAAAAGAACUUGAAGGUGAAUUCCAUCUGCGCUCCAGAGACGUCGUGCUCUCAGCGUCCUCCCUCCAGAAACAUCGAGUCCAUACGACGGUUCGGGUUCUUUACUUACCUCCGUGAGAUGUUUGACGCUCCCGAUGACGUGAUGAGCUACCUCUGUCAGCAGUACGUGGUGCACGACGUGCCGGUGGGCAGUGAGAAGACCAAAGCCAUGAUUAAGACGGUGAUUGAGGAGCCGUACCUGAAGGUGUUUUACACGGCUCACGAGCGCUACAUCGUGAAGAGGUCCUUCUACUCCAACAAAAUCAGCACCAGUAACUCCGCAGUCAACCCUUCGCAGUACCUGGCCAUCACCGUGGACGCCGAGGGGAAGCAGCAGCUGGAGCAGCAGAUGAAGGCCUGCGAGUCAAAGCUGUCUGAGAUCGAUGAGCGGAUGAGCGCCCUGCAGAGGGAAGGCGCCGCGCUGGCUCGCCGCGACAACGAACUGCUGUCGGAGAAGAAGAGGCUCUCUGAACUGAAGGGCAAAAAGAGACAGCUGGAGCAGAAAAUCAGCACCAAGCAGGACAGUCUGAGGCAGACGGAGAACAGCGUCAUCGACUUGAAGAAAAUUGAAGAGGAAACCAAGAGGAAAAUCGAAGCGGUUAACAGCCAGAAGGUGGCGAUCGUCACUGCGUUCAUGGUCCAGAUGAAGCUGCGGGCCAACCUGACCAUGGAGAAGGUGCAUCUGGCUCUGAAGACCGUGGGCUUGAUGGCAGAGAAGGCCAAGCUGGAGAACAGCUGCAGGGAAGGAGCCACGGAGCUGAAGGCCACCGACCAAAAAUGCAACCGUCUGGAGCAGGUGAAGGUGAGGCUGACAGAGCAGUGCAAAGGCCUGCUGAAGAAAGCCAAGUCCGUCUGCAGGAUGCAGCUCAACGAGAACUUGCCAGAAGAUCUGCAUAACGCUUUCACCAAGCUGCCCGACACUCUGGCUGAGAUCGAUGCCAUGCUGAACGAGGAGCACUCCAGAGCCGAGUUCUUCACCGGCCUCAGCGAACAAGUUGUUGAAGACUACAACAGGAAGGAGGAGGAGAUCAAAAAUCUGGAGAAAGAGCUGGAAGAAAAGGUCAACGCCCUGAACGCCUACAGACAAAACAUAUCCGAGGCGAAGGAGCGAUGGCUGAACCCUCUGAAGCAGCUGGUGGAGAAGAUCAACGAGAAGUUCAGUGACUUCUUUCGCUCCAUGCAGUGUGCCGGAGAAGUCGACCUGCACUUUGAGAACGAGGACGAGUACGACAAGUACGGGAUCCGCAUCCGGGUGAAGUUCCACAGCAGCACCCAGCUGCACGAGCUGACGCCCCACCACCAGAGCGGAGGCGAGCGCAGCGUCUCCACCAUGCUGUACCUCAUGGCGCUGCAGGAGCUCAACCGCUGCCCCUUCAGGGUGGUGGACGAGAUCAACCAGGGAAUGGAUCCCAUCAACGAGAGGAGGGUGUUUGACAUUGUAGUCCGCACAGCGUCCAGGAAGUCAACGUCCCAGUACUUUUUCAUCACCCCCAAGCUGCUGCAGAAUCUGAAGUACGUGGAUGAAAUGACCGUCCUGUGUGUCCACAACGGACAGACGGUUUCCCCCGACCAGUGGGACGAAAAGAAGUUCGUCACGCGCCGGCUGAAACGGACGGCCAGGACAUGAACAGAACCAACGUUUUCAUCUGAGGCUUUUAUUUUUAAUUUUUUUUUUUGGAUUCACUUUAUCAUAUUAAUCUUUAGAAAUCUUGCUCUUUUACAUGUUCUUAGCAGUUCAUAUGGAUAUUUUAUUUUAUUGGAAUAAAGUGUUUCUGU